ACUUUCGCACGGUCCCCACUGGAAGGCAAACAACUGCGCGUUUCCCUCAGUAAGCAGCACCAGUUCGAAAAUAAACGGACGACCGCCACCGAUAGACGCGUUACACUUCUUCUUGCGACAAUCACGAUGCCUCGAAUCGGCCAAAUCGCAAUAGGUUCCUCAACUAUACGCGACCUCAUCAUCGACUGCACAUUCCACGUCGUAAUAUGGAAUGCGCACUUACUUUUGAAGAACUGGUCAGGGGUGCGGACGAAUGGACAUGCAAUGAUCGUUGCGGCAGUGUUCUAUAUUCCUGUCAUGGGGAUCUGGGCCUGGUGGUGGGACUAUAGUCCGGAGUGAAUGCUAAACCAUGUUGUCUCGCAAUCUCAGAUUUUUUGUCGCGUUCAAAGUGGAACCAUCGAAUACUCCGAAUAUGCCUUUACUCGGAAAGUAAGGGGAGUGGGUAUGUAGUCAUCCAGUGGGUGAUCGACUCAAGUAAUAUGUAGGUUUUUGUUCCAGGGGCACAUAUAUGGAAGAAAAAUCUAGGUCUGUAUCUGUUAUUGUCUGCCUCCGGAGUGCUGUCUCUACUUUACAUGUGCUUGUGUUUAUCAAGAUCCAGUCUGCGAACGUGGUGACGUUCCAGAGCGAAGGCAUGAUAAGCAUGCUAGGAGUAAAUUCGACUGUGGUAGGUAGCAAGCAUGGCCUAUAAUUGAGUGUUGGGCUUUUACCGACGGGAACGCAUUUGAUUUCAGGCAUGCAAUGUAUACUAAUGCUGUUGUGAGAGAGCUUAUCAGGAAUGGAAACCGUUUGCGCUUCAGCACGUCCACGUACGUAGAUAGAGGGGUCCAAAUUAACCCCACUAAUCGGCCAAUGACUCCUCCGACUGCCCUAUAAUUUCCACCACCACAACGGACAGUCAUACUUAUCCUAUACUCCCACCCAAACAAUUGUUGCCAUCAUGGCAGAAAACACUUACUAUAUCGACGAAGAUGCUGGCCAGGAUCUCACUUCGCAAACUGGUGACGAGAGCUUGCCCUACAAGACGCUCGGCUUCGCUGUCCUUACCCAAGGCGAGACGCACAAAUUCCUCACGCGCAAGAGCGUUACGGGCGAGUUAGCUGAGGGCGCAGAUCCUUCCUCCCGCCUAGAAUGGAAGCCCGCUGCCAAAGCUGCCAUGAAAAAGGCGGUUAACUACGCGAAGGCACAAAAGAAAAAGGCAGAGAAGGAGCAGGAACAACUGGCUCUACGCAUGAAAGAAGAACAGGAUCGGAAGAAGGUCCUCGAUGAGGCAAGAAAAAUCGUUCUCGAGGAAGACAAGAGCCUACCCGCCCCAGUCAAGAUCAAGCUAGACGAUACCGAUCCCAAAAAGAUCCAAUUGGGCGACGGUAAGGAAUCAAAAGGAACCAGAGUGAGGGUAUUUGGAAGGGUACACAGAAUGCGAGGCCAGAAAGAGCUCAUGUUCAUCACGUUGAAGGACGGCUAUGGAUUCAUGCAGGUCGUGCUCCAGGGCCAGCUGGCAAAGACACAUGACGCUCUUACCCUCACCCGCGAAACGAGUAUGGAAAUCCUCGGCGAAUUACGAGAAGUCCCCGCAGGCGCACACGCACCCAACAACCGCGAACUACACGCAGAUUACUACAAGAUUCAUCCCGGCUGGAAAGCGGCUGGCGGCGAUGAGGCUAUCACCAACAAGGUGUCCAAGGACACCGAGCACGCGACACUACUCGAUCUUCGCCAUUUGACGUUGCGCGGAGAGACCGCUUCUAAGGUGCUUAUUGUUCGAGAUGCUGUGGAAUAUGCUUUCAACGUGGUCUUCAAGGAGCUCCGAUUACGGAAAGUCAGCCCUCCUGCCCUUGUCCAAACCAUGGUCGAAGGUGGUGCCACUCUAUUCGGCGUUCCCUACUACAACGAAGAAGCUUUCUUAACACAAUCGUCCCAACUCUACCUCGAAACCUGCCUCCCCUCCAUGGGUGACGUAUACUGUAUCGAGAAGUCCUUCCGCGCCGAGAAGUCACUCACCCGACGACAUUUGGCAGAGUACACCCACAUUGAGGGAGAACUCGACUUCAUCAACUUCGACGAUCUUCUCAACCACUUGGAAGAACUCAUGUGCCGCGUGCUUGAAGUGACCAUGUCUGACCCCACCAUCAAGCAGUACAUCAUGGAUUUGAACCCCGAGUUCAAGAUGCCCGAGCGCCCUUUCAAGCGCAUGAAGUACACUGAUGCCAUUGCAUGGCUCGUUGAGAACAACAUUCCCAACGAAGACGGCGAGCCCCACAAGUUCGGUGAUGACAUUGCAGAGGCAGCCGAGCGUAGAAUGACUGACAUUAUCAACCGACCCAUAUUCCUGACUCACUUCCCCGCCGAGAUCAAGGCUUUCUACAUGUUGAAGGAUAAGGAAGACCCACGGGUUACAGAGAGUGUGGACUGCUUGAUGCCUGGUGUCGGUGAGAUUGUGGGAGGUAGUAUGAGAAUCGAUUCUCACGAGGAGCUGAUGGCUGCGUUUGCGAGGGAGAACAUUGAUCCCACCAGCUACUACUGGUACACAGAUCAGAGGAAGUACGGUAGCUCUCCUCACGGCGGCUACGGGCUUGGUCUCGAGCGGUUCCUUGCUUGGCUCUGCAAGCAGCACACUGUCCGCGACUGCUGCUUGUAUCCUCGCUACUUCGGUCGUUGCAAGCCUUAAG